AUGCCGUCAGAUAACGACCACGUGGAGUCGGGCGCGCAAAUCGACGUGCCAUCAAUGGCAGCACCUAACACAGUUCAACCUACCGCCCCAAUUUAUCCUCAAGUUAUUUCUCCAAAUUUUCCGCUGCCAAGUCCUAUGAAGUGUCACGGUGACGUUACUGGCAACUGGGAUUUUUUCAAGCAGCAAUGGAGUGACUAUGAAACAGCAACAGGCCUCGAUAAGCGAGAGGUAUCGGUUCGUUUAGCGACUUUGCGUUCAUCGAUGGGCAGAGAGUGUCUUCAGAUCUUACUCAACCUAAAUCUUCCAGAGGACGAUAAGAAGAAAAUCGACAAAUGUUUAGAAGCUUUAGAAAGCUACUUCAAACCUAGCAGAAAUUUGGUUUACGAACGGUAUGUUUUUAAUACGUGUGUGCAGCAAAGCGAAGAAUCUGUCCAAAGUUAUGUCACACGUCUGAGAAAAUUAGCCGCGUCCUGCGAAUACGGUGCACUAACAGAUGAGCUUAUCAGGGACAGGCUCGUCAUUGGUUUAAAGAAUCAAGGUGACAAGGUGA